AAGCUAUUCAAUGAGAUGCCGCAGAGGAACAUCGCUUCUUUUAACACGAUGGUCACCGGGUUCUUUGCUGCUGGCCAGGUGAACAAGGCCCUUGACAUGUUUGAUGCGAUGCCUGUCAAGGACUCCGCCUCGCUGAGCACGAUGGUGUGUGGGUUAACAAAGAACGGCCGGCUUGAUGAGGCAGAGGAGCUGCUGACAAAGCGCUUGCGGGUGACGGACAUGGACAAGGCUGUUGAUGCUUACAAUACGCUGAUUUCUGCGUAUGGGCAAGUUGGGAGGGUGAGCGAUGCCAGGAGAUUAUUUGAUAUGAUUCCCAGAGGUCAGUACCAGCACAAAAUGACCAACAUGAGGGUCUUUGAGAGGAAUGUUGUGUCAUGGAACUCAAUGAUGAUGUGCUAUACGAAAACUGGCGAUGUUUGCUCAGCUAGGACACUGUUUGACGAGAUGCCGGUUAAGGACCUCGUAUCAUGGAAUACUAUGAUCGCUGGGUAUGCCAAGGUGUCAGAUAUGCAGGAAGCAGAGAAGCUGUUUUGGGAAAUGCCUGAUCCUGAUAUAGUGUCAUGGAAUUUAAUAAUACGAGGAUUCACAAACAUAGGAGAAGUUGAGCAUGCCCGUAGUUUUUUCGAUAAAAUGCCAGAGCGUGGGACCAUUUCCUGGAAUACAAUGAUAUCAGGUUAUGAGCAAAAUGGGGACUACGAUGGUACAGUCAAACUAUUUACACGGAUGCUAGAAGUUGGUGGGAUGCCUGAUCGGCACACCCUCUCCUCAGUUCUAGCAGCAUGUGCGUCGCUCCCUAUGUUGCGCCUUGGAACUCAGCUCCACCAACUUAUUGAGAAGUCGUUUCUGCCAGAUACUGCAACUAGCAACGCCCUUAUAACAAUGUACUCCAGAGGCGGGGCACUAACCGAGGCGGAAGCCAUCUUCAAGCAGAUGCAAACGCAAAAAGAUUUCAUGUCUUGGAAUGCACUGAUAGGAGGUUAUGAACACCAUGGUCGAGCUACAGAAGCUUUGCAACUUUUCGAAGAAAUGACAAGUGCCAGGGUUAUGCCAACACACAUAACUUUCAUUACUCUCUUGAGUGCAUGCGGAAAUGCUGGCCUUGUCUCUGAAGGAUGGAGGGUUUUCCGCACCAUGGUUCAUGAGUAUGGCAUUGCUGCUAGGAUUGAGCACUAUGCAGCACUUGUCAAUCUCAUAGGUCGACAUGGUGAGCUUGAUGAUGCAUUGGAGGUAAUCAAUAGCAUGCCAAUUGCUCCAGAACGAUCUGUGUGGGGAUCUUUCCUCGGAGCCUGUACAGCGAAGAAGAAUGAACAACUGGCUCACAUGGCUGCAAAGGCAUUGUCCAAGAUUGACCCUCAGAGUUCUGCUCCAUAUGUUUUGAUUCAUAACUUGCAUGCUCAUGAGGGGAGGUGGGGAAGUGCGUCUGUUGUAAGAGAAGAGAUGGAACGUCAAGGUGUUCACAAGCAUCCUGGGUACAGCUGGAUUGAUCUGCAUGACAAGGUGCAUGUCUUCAUCUCAGGGGAUACCUCGCAUCCCCUUAUCCAGGAGAUUUUUUCAGUCCUAAAAGGUUUCGACAUGUCAUGCCGAGAUUGGAGCUAGACGGUCCGAAGCUGCACAAUUCAAGAAACGUGGAGCUGAGCAAAGAAACUCAAUUCUCAUCACAGUAUUUGUCUGCCCACGAUCUAGUUCUAGAGAGAAUGGAUUGCAACGAAGAACAGAGCUUGUGGCCUUAUUGGCCAAGUGAUUGGCUUGAUAAUUUCCUGCUUGAGGAAGAAGCACUCUUCUCCAAUCUACCCUUCCCGAGCUUCUGUUGCGAACCAUUAUGCUCUACUGGCUCCGCCGUUAGGCAGAGUAGCACUCUUCAAGAGUUUGAUACAAACUUUGAGGAUGAUGUACAGAGGUAUUGGGAUGAUGACGGCAGAAAAGGGAGCGAGAAGGAGUUACCACUACUGUGUUACAGUGAGGAGAACGGAGCGGCAUCAAACACGAUGACAGCAGUCCCUGUUAGACCAGAAAAGGUGUUGACAUUCGAGCUUGUGUCACAGCACUUCUACCUGCCAAUCACGCAGGCAGCUCGAGAGCUGAAUGUCGGGCUCACCGUCCUGAAGAAGAGGUGCAGAGAGCUUGGGAUUCCCAGGUGGCCGCAUCGCAAGAUGAAGAGUUUGCGGGCCCUCAUCAACAAUGUCGAGGCUUUGCAGGAGGCAGGCAAGGCGAACGACGAGGAGCAGCUGAGGGCGAUGGUGGAGAUGCUGGAGCAGGAGAGGAAGCUCCUGGAGCAGAAGCCAUGUGUUGAGCUCAAGGAUAAGACGAAGAGGCUUAGGCAGGCCUGCUUCAAGGCCAACUACAAGAAGAGGCGGGUCUUGGCUCUUGGAGCUGGGGAGGCAUCGAAGUAG